GUCUCAGUCUCUAAAAACAGUUUUCCUGAUCUUCCUGGGCUCCCAGCUAAGGCUGUCCUCAACCAUACAGGACAUACAGAAAAGACACCUGCUUUCCUCCCUGAAGACCCACGCAAUUGGCUAGACCUUCAAGGCCUUUUUUUUUCAGAUUUUGGUUCUUCUGAUCUAGCAGGUGUGGAAGUUACCUAAUGUGGACAGCAACUACAUGCUCAAUAGACCCAUCUUCUUCCAUGUGGACCUAUGAAGACACACACUCGACGGGGUCUGAACUCCUGCAGAGAGUACCAGAGGCUGAAGAUGGAAACAUCGAAUAUAAACUGAAGCUGGUGAACCCAUCCCAGUACCGCUUUGAGCACCUGGUGACGCAGAUGAAGUGGCGCCUCCAGGAGGGACGCGGUGAGGCUGUCUACCAGAUCGGGGUGGAGGACAACGGGCUGCUGGUGGGGCUGGCUGAGGAGGAGAUGCGGGCCUCCCUCAAGACCCUGCACCGGAUGGCAGAGAAGGUUGGGGCAGACAUCACUGUUCUUCGGGAGCGAGAAGUGGAUUAUGAUAGUGACAUGCCCCGGAAGAUCACGGAGGUGCUGGUACGGAAGGUUCCUGACAACCAACAGUUCCUAGACCUCCGUGUGGCAGUCCUAGGGAACGUGGACUCAGGGAAGUCAACCUUGCUUGGCGUCCUGACCCAAGGAGAGCUGGACAACGGGCGGGGCCGGGCCCGGCUCAACCUCUUCCGCCACCUGCAUGAGAUUCAGUCUGGCCGAACCUCCAGCAUCAGCUUUGAGAUCCUGGGCUUUAACAGCAAGGGAGAGGUGGUGAAUUACAGCGACUCACGGACCGCAGAAGAGAUCUGCGAAAGCAGCUCCAAGAUGAUCACCUUCAUUGACCUGGCGGGCCACCACAAAUACCUGCACACCACCAUCUUUGGCCUCACCUCCUACUGCCCCGACUGUGCCCUGCUCCUCGUCAGUGCCAACACUGGAAUCGCCGGCACCACACGGGAACAUCUGGGGCUGGCCUUGGCCCUGAAAGUGCCCUUCUUCAUCGUGGUCAGUAAAGUGGACCUGUGUGCUAAGACCACAGUGGAGAGGACAGUACGCCAGCUGGAGCGGGUCCUCAAGCAGCCUGGCUGCCACAAGGUCCCCAUGCUGGUCACCUCUGAGGAUGAUGCUGUCACUGCUGCCCAGCAGUUUGCCCAGUCACCCAAUGUCACCCCCAUAUUCACACUGUCCAGUGUGUCUGGAGAGAGUCUGGACCUUCUCAAAGUCUUCCUGAAUAUCCUGCCCCCACUCACCAACAGCAAAGAACAGGAGGAGCUCAUGCAGCAGCUGACCGAGUUCCAGGUGGAUGAAAUCUACACAGUCCCGGAGGUGGGGACUGUAGUUGGAGGAACACUUUCCAGCGGGAUCUGCCGUGAGGGAGACCAGCUGGUGGUAGGCCCGACAGACGAUGGCCGCUUCCUGGAGCUGAGAGUGUGUAGCAUCCAGCGCAACCGCUCUGCCUGCCGUGUGCUGCGAGCCGGUCAGGCUGCUACACUAGCCCUCGGAGACUUUGACCGCGCAUUGCUUCGCAAGGGCAUGGUGAUGGUGAGCCCCGAGAUGAAUCCCACCAUCUGCUCAGUGUUUGAAGCAGAGAUAGUCCUACUGUUCCAUGCCACCACCUUCCGGCGGGGAUUCCAGGUGACGGUACAUGUGGGCAACGUACGGCAGACAGCAGUGGUGGAAAAGAUCCAUGCAAAGGACAAGCUGCGGACAGGAGAGAAGGCAGUGGUACGCUUCCGUUUCCUGAAACACCCAGAAUACCUGAAGGUGGGCGCCAAACUGCUGUUCCGGGAGGGUGUUACCAAGGGCAUCGGUCAUGUCACGGAUGUGCAAGCCAUCACAGCAGGAGAAGCCCAGGCCAGCAUGGGCUUCUGAGUCCUCAAAACAGCUCUGCUGCUGUCCCUACAAUACAUAAGGUGACUUCCAGCCAUGCUGCCCACCGUUGGCGGCUCUGUGUGUUAAUAGGCUAGACAGAGUGUUGGCUGCCACUUGUUUCGUGCCGCCUUUCUGGAGAGGUGUCAAGCUUGGUGUGGCCAGGGAGAGGCAGUUCAGAGGGAGAAGACAAUUGAGGGCAGUUCUCAGCUGUGUGCUCCCUGGUUGGCUCAUUAACCCUGGCAGCUGCACGGUCUUGUCUACUGGAGGGAACGAUGCAUAGCCAUCUUGGGGCCACUAUCAGGACUGGGCAUGACUCACCAGUGUGACCUCUGCACUUCAGGAAUUGUCAUAACUGGGGUGGCCCUUGAAAGCACUUCUUUUUUAUACCUCCUCUCAAGGCCACGUAAGUUGCCCAUCUCUACCUGACUGUGGAUAAAAGACAGUGCUCCUGGCCAUCCAGGGGGCCCAGGGACUGAAGAGAUGGCACAGAGACCGUGGAAGACUGUGUUCCUACCCUGUGUUGAGUCCUGAUGCAUAUGCCUGGCUCUGUUUUGUCGUCCUUCACUUACGGGCCAUUUCCCCAGAUCCUCCUGUUAGAGGCCCACUCGGUGCUAUUUGUGGUGCUGGCCCAGGCGUGGGGCUGCCAGGCUGAGGCUUGCUGCACCAAAGGCCAGCUGCAUGUCCAUCAGUUUCUUUUUCUCUGCAGGCCAUCUGUUGGUUUUCAUGCUAGAUCAAAUAGUACGUUUUCCUUUCCCAACCUGGUAGCUGCAGAAUCUGACCCACAGUUGUGCAUCCUGGCAUCCUCAUCCCCAUUCCUGCUCCCACAUAAACUUUCUCUGGUUUUAGUAAUUUGUAGUGAGCACCCUCUUCCCUCUGUGGCCGGGAACCAGGAGGAAAGGGAAAGAGAUCAUCCUAGGCAUGGACAACCUCCUUUCCCUUUGCUAGCAUCCUGGGUUCCCACGAACUCAGGGAUUUGUCGGUUGAAGAUUCUCUCUGCACAUGUGUAUAUAUAUAUAUGUAUAUAUAUUUAAAUACACAUAUAUAUUGUACAAAAUAAAAAUGUUUUAUUGGACA